GGCGGAGCGGGUGGAACGUUGGGCGCCGGAAGCAGGAGCGGGAGCGGAAGCGGAAGCAGCAUGGAGCGGGCGGCAGAGCACCAGCACAUCCGCUACAACCCGCUGCGGGACGACUGGGUCCUGGUGUCUGCCCACAGGAUGAAGCGCCCCUGGCAGGGGCAGGUGGAGAAGCCGGUGCAGGAGGAUGUGCCCCGCCACGACCCGUCCAACCCGCUGUGCCCUGGGGCAACGCGAGCUAAUGGGAAGGUGAAUCCAGAGUACGAGAGCACCUUUGUCUUCGACAAUGACUUCCCUGCACUGGAGCCAGAUGCCCCGGAGCCCGAUGUUGGCGACCACCCCUUGUUCCAAUCGGCCUCUGCCCAAGGAGUUUGGGCUCCUGAGCACUGGGUCUGCUCUCACCGCACUUCCCCCCCAUCCCCCAGCAAGGUGAUGUGCUUCCACCCGUGGUCUGACAUGACGCUGCCGCUCAUGGCACUGCCCGAGAUCCGGGCAGUGAUUGACAAGUGGGCAGAGCUUGCGGUGGAGCUGGGUGCCACCUACCCCUGGGUACAGAUCUUUGAGAACAAGGGGGCCAUGAUGGGCUGCUCCAACCCCCACCCUCAUUGCCAGGUCUGGGCCAGCAAUUUCCUGCCCAACGAGGCACGGCUGGAAGACCGGACACAGCGGGAGCACCUGCAGGCGCACGGCCAGCCCCUGCUGCUGGAGUAUGGCCGGCUGGAAGCGCAGAGGAAGGAGCGGCUGGUGGUGGAGAACACCGACUGGCUGGUGGUGGUGCCCUACUGGGCUGUGUGGCCCUUCCAGACCCUGCUCCUGCCCCGGCGCCACGUCACCCGGCUCCAGGACCUCAGCACUGAUGAGCGAGAUAGCCUGGCGUCCAUCAUGAAGAGGCUCCUCACCAAGUAUGACAAUCUCUUUGAGGUCUCCUUCCCCUACUCCAUGGGGUGGCACGGUGCCCCCACAGGCCCCCACCUGGGGGAGGACUGUGGGCACUGGCUGCUCCAUGCCCACUACUACCCCCCCCUGCUCCGCUCGGCCUCUGUCCGCAAGUUCAUGGUGGGCUAUGAGAUGUUGGCUCAGGCCCAGCGUGACCUGACGCCUGAGCAGGCUGCCCAGCGCCUCCGGAGCCUGCCCGAAGAGCACUACCGGACGAGGGCCGGGGCAACGCCGUGAUGGGGGCCGCCGGCCUCGGGGUGGAGGUGCCUUGCAUUUGCAGCGGAGGGAACUACAUCGCAGCAUGAGGGGAGGAUGGGCUCAGCCCUGCCAACUCGUGUCACCUGUGAGCGGUCCAAGACUGAGGGCUGUCCCUGGGUGGUGUGGCUGGAGGCUUGGGGCUCCCAGGCCAUGCUGCUGAGUAUAUUUGCUGCUGCUGCUGCUGCUGCUGCUACUUAACCUCCUCGUGCCUGUGCUUGCAGCCUCCCUAUCUCUCCCUCAGGCUCCUGCCAGUCAGUUCCCCCUCUACCUCACCUACCUCUGGGAAGAGCUGCCUGGCUGGGCUGGAGAUGGGGAGGGCUCUGUGCCUCUGUCCCCUUCCCUCUGCCCUCCAAUAAACCAUGCACACCAAAGCAGUUUCCUGUCCUG